UACCCCACUUCCUACUUCCUCUGGAAGCCACGUUUCAAAUAAUUGAUGCAAUAUAAAAUCUUCUGGUAGUGGUAGAUUACUCUCUGAAAGGAUCUUAAGAUUCAAACCCAGUAAGGUGAUUCUUCAGGGAUGUUAGCAGGGAUAGCAGCGGUGUUGGUGGUGGGUUUUCUGGGAUGGGCUUAUCAGACCACAAAGCCUCCUCCUCCAAGGAUAUGCGGAGCCCCAGAUGGUCCUCCUGUUACUUCACCUAGAAUCAGACUCAGUGAUGGAAGACAUCUGGCCUACAGAGAGAGUGGAGUCCCUAAGGAUGAGGCCAAGUACAGUAUCAUCGUCGUUCACGGCUUCGACAACUCCAAAGAGUUCAGUUUGCCUGCAUCCCAGGAACUUAUAGAAGAGUUAAGGAUAUAUUUUCUAUCAUUUGAUAGAGCUGGGUAUGGAGACAGUGAUCCAAACCCAAGGCGGUCGGUGAAGAGUGAAGCAUUUGACAUUCAAGAACUCGCUGAUCAGUUGGAUAUUGGAUCAAAGUUUUAUGUGAUUGGGGCUUCUAUGGGAGGCUAUGCUGUUUGGGGUUGCCUUAAAUACAUACCACACAGGCUAGCAGGUAUAUCCUUAGUAGCGCCUGUGAUAAACUACUGGUGGCCUUCUUUGCCUGCUAAUCUAUCAAGAAGUGCCUAUAGAGAGAAGUCGGUGCCAGACCAAUGGGUAUUUAGGAUCGCGCACCAUGCCCCUGGAUUACUAUACUGGUGGGUAACUCAGAAAUGGCUGCCUCCUGCCCCUCUGCUUGAGGGUCAUCCAGUAAUUUUUAGCAGUACAGAUAAAGAGAUCUUGACGAAGAUGUCAGACACCAUAAGGCCUGGUCAGGAUAAGGUUCGACAACAGGGGGUGUUCGAAUCUCUGCAUCGAGACUUGAUGGUUGGUUUUGGCACUUGGGACUUUGAUCCUAUGGAUCUAAGUAACCCAUUCCCUCAAAGCGAAGGCUCUGUUCACAUCUGGCAGGGUCAUGAAGAUAGAAUGGUUCCAUCUCUACUGCAGCGCUAUGUUGCUCAUAGGCUCCCUUGGAUCAGGUAUCAUGAGGUUCAUGAUGGUGGGCAUUUGUUCAUUUAUGACGGAAGCUUAUGUGAGGCCGUCUUGAGAGCACUUUUGCUUGGAGAAGAGCCUUCUUCUAUCUUACUAGACUAGUUAAAUUGAAGUGGUUUGUAUGCUAUUAACUAAAAAGCAUAAGUGUCACAUGACAUAAUUUCUAUAUAUAUUCCAUUGGUGACAAACCAGUGAGAAAUUGGAGAUGAUAGGGAUAUACAACUAUUGCAUUCUUGUGAUAAUCUAGUUUCAUGUUUUGGAUCGCAUUGAUAAUUUUGCAACACACAUGGACUAUUUCAAGAAUAAUUUCUGUUCUGAGAAAAAAUGU